CUCUGGCUCUGCAUCUCUUCUCCUUACUUUUUUUCAUUUCUCGCUUGUUAUCGGCCAUGGAUUUCUCCAAAGAACGUGAAAGCUUGGUUUAUGUGGCCAAGCUAGCUGAGCAAGCUGAAAGAUUUGAUGAUAUGGUGGUUGCUAUGAAAAAACUAGCCGAGCUUGAUGUGGAACUGACCGUAGAAGAACGGAACUUGCUCUCUGUCGGCUUCAAAAACGUGGUCGGUGCUCGAAGGGCAUCGUGGAGGAUCUUGUCUUCGAUCGAGCAAAAGGAAGAGAGCAGAGGGAAUGAGCAAAAUGUUAAGAAAAUCAAAGGGUAUAGGCAGAAAGUGGAAUUGGAGUUGUACAAUAUUUGUAAAGAUAUUAUGGGAGUGAUCAAUGAGCAUCUCAUUCCUUCUUGCUCCGGUGAAGAGUCUACGGUGUUUUAUUAUAAAAUGAAAGGGGAUUAUUACAGGUACAUGGCGGAAUUUAAGACGGGCAAUGAGAGGAAAGAGGCUGCUGAUCAGGCCAUGAAAGCAUAUCAGUCUGCAACAACAACAGCAGAAGCGAAGUUUCCUCCUACGCAUCCAAUCCGGUUGGGUUUGGCCUUGAACUUCUCUGUGUUCUAUUAUGAAAUUAUGAACUCUCCUGAAGGUACGCAUGCAUGUUGUUUCCUAUGUGUUAAUAUUCUGGUUGAGCUACUUGUGGAUAAUAUUAGAAAGGCAUGUUACAUGUUAAACUUGUAAAGCAGGGCCUGUCCC